CUUCUUUCCUACAAAGGAGACUCUAUUGAUGACACAGCUAAUCAUUUGAAUACAUGUUUUUCUCAUUUCUUGGAGGUUUUAGCCAGGUUGUUCUCAGUGCUGGGCUUGAUUAAAUUAAUCGUGAUGACUGCAAAUCGAAAAGAACAAUAAUUCAAGACAUGGCAGUGAGCACAUUAGAGUGUAAGUAUACUUGCUUGGAAGCCAACCAAUAGAUGAAGGGUAGCACAAUCAGAUGGGAUAUCAUUGCCAGCUGUGUGGAACUAUCAGGCUGAACGCUUGCGUUCGUUCCCAUUGGUUUCAGAGUUCUCAAUAAGUGUCUAACAAUCGCGCCCACUCAUUAGAAUACUGUGCAACCUUCGUGGCAUAUAUUGAUGAUCAGAUAUAGGGCUUAGGCAAUAGCAGUAAUAACCUUGCUGCCGUCGAUAUUCCUGGAUUGAUUUGUCAUAGUACUACCUUAGAAUGCAUCCGCGAAAAAGCAAUGUGAAGGCAAACACCCCCACUUCGUAUUCAGUGCCACCUGAAACGACCUCCUAAAGCCCCUCAUGUCUGAUUGGCGGUGGUUCCACCGGUCAAUAUCAAGAAGGCUCUCAUGCAUGCAAGCCCAACAGCGUUCAAAACCGGUGAGCUGAGAAUACUUAUAAAUAGUUACCCCGCUUUGCACGGAGCGAGGCUAGAUAAAACAAAGAGUGAACCCUCCAGGCUCUCUGCGACCUUUGGGUAUACAUACAGCAGUGCUACACACUCUUUUCUCGCACCAACAUAUCUUUACAGAUCAAGAACACAUUGCUAUCACUUCUACCGGAGUUAUCUCAGCUCUAUCAUGCGUCUCUUAAGACGCGACAGUAAAGACAAAUUCUUACUCACCAAGGAUUUUCUCGGUGACGAUGAGGUUCCCCGUUACGCAAUCCUUUCUCAUACCUGGGGUGAAGAAGAGAUCCUGUUUCAGGACCUUCAAAAUGAUAGUUACAGGGAUAAGAAAUCCUACAACAAAAUUCGGUUCUGCGGAGAUCAAGCUGAGAAGGACGGAAUACAGUAUCUUUGGGUAGACACCUGCUGUAUCAAUAAAGCAGAUCCAGUCGAGCUUCAACACUCAAUAAACUCAAUGUAUCGCUGGUAUCAGCAGGCAGCGAAGUGCUAUGUCUACUUAACAGACGUAGCGGCACUUGCCGACGAGCAAAACGUCAACAACGAGCCCCAAGAAUCAACAUGGCGCACUGCUUUUCGGAACAGCCGGUGGUUCACAAGAGGCUGGACCCUGCAAGAGCUACUUGCACCUCGUAAUGUCGAGUUCUUUUCUGUUGGGGGCAGCUUCUUAGGAGACAAGAAAAGCCUAGGGGAGCAAAUAUCAAAUAUAACCGGCAUCCAGAUCCAGGCUUUGGAGGAAUCCCGUCUUCAUGACUUUACCAUCAAUCAACGAUUCUCGUGGGUCAAAGAUCGACAAACCACACGAGAAGAAGACAAAUCGUAUUGCUUAUUGGGUAUCUUCGGUGUCUUCAUGUCACUCAACUACGGAGAGGGCAAAGAACAUGCCUUUAAACGCCUCCGGAGAAAGAUCGAGAAGUCCAAGCAGAAAAGUGCCACUGAACUGUCGAGGGAGCAGCAAGAUUUCAUCAAGAAGUUACGAGUAACUGAGCCCAGUCACGACAAAAAGCGCAUAGAGGACACAAAAGGCGGGCUGUUAAUAGACUCCUAUCGCUGGGUGUUAUCGAAUCCAGAUUUCGAAAAGUGGCGUACAGAAGACGAAAGUCGGGUGCUCUGGAUCAAAGGGGACCCAGGUAAAGGGAAGACGAUGCUCCUCUGCGGUAUCAUAAACGAGCUGGAAGGAACGAACAACGAUACAACCCUGCUCUCUUACUUCUUUUGCCAAAGUACCGAUUCACGUAUCAACAAUGCGACUGCUGUCUUGAGAUCUCUUAUCUGCACGCUCAUAGCGAAGAGACCGAUAUCUGCCUCACUCGUCGAGAAACUCUCUGCUGACUCUAAUGCAUCAAUGUUCGAGGGUAUAAAUGCAUGGUAUGCCUUGGAAGAGAUUUUGGAAAAAGUUCUGGAGGAUCUCGGCACUGAACAAAUUGUAUUUGUUAUUGACGCUCUGGACGAAUGCACGACAGAUCUGGAAAGAUUGUUAAACUUAAUCGUCAAGAUUUCGGCGACACCACAUCAGGUCAAGUGGAUCAUUUCCAGCCGCAACAUACCAGAAAUUGAAAUCUAUCUCGAUGAGGCGCAGAGUAGGCAGACCCUCAGCCUUGAGUUAAACGCACAAAUGAUAUCCGAGGCUGUUCAUCUCUACAUUGACCACAAGGUGGGCGAGCUCGCACGCUGGGGGAAAUAUGACACCGAGACCCGGCAGGCGGUACAGAAGCACUUUUCCGCAAACGCCCAAGAUACGUUCUUAUGGGUUGCUUUAUCAUGCCAGAGUCUUAAAGGCAUUCCAAAAUGGAAAAUUAUCGCGAAGUUGACUGCUUUCCCUCCUGGUUUGAACGCACUUUACGCCCGCAUGAUAGAACAGAUCAACAGAUCAGAAGACGCCUUGCUAAGCAAAAGAGUCUUGGCCUGUAUUGCAACUGUAUAUCGGCCAGUUACAUUGGCAGAGCUUUCUGUGCUCAUUGAUGAGAUAAAUAGCCUGGGUGACGACAUCGAAUCUAUUCGAGGAAUCAUACACUCCUGCGGAUCUUUGCUCACCAUGAAAGACGAUACUAUCUAUUUUGUUCAUCAAUCGGCAAAAGAUUAUCUGUGCGGAGGUGCCUCCCCGGAAAUAUUUCCCGAUGGAGAAGAAAGAGCACACAGAGCCUUGCUUUCCUCGUCUCUCCGUAUCCUGUCAUCUGGCGCAUUACACAGGGAUUUGUACGGCCUACGCGACGUUGGAUAUCAUCUUCAGAAGCUCGAACCCCCUGAUCCCGAUCCUCUGGCAGCACUAGCGUACCCCUGCUCCUACUGGAUUGAGCAUUUCUUGAGGUCUCCUAUGAAACACGCAGAUGCACAGGAUCUUUUGAUGGAGAUCAACAAGUUUCUACGUGCGAAAUGUUUGUAUUGGAUUGAAUCCCUGAGCCUAUUGCAACGAGUUCCUGAAGGUGUCAGUUCAUUGACAAAACUUGCGAACUUUGUCCAAGCCCACUACCGUGCUUCCGUGUUGAAUGAUGUCGUUUCUGACGCGCAUCGUUUCAUCAUGUACCAUGAAGUUCCAAUUGCAAACUAUCCUCUCCAGACCUAUGUCUCGGCACUUCUUUUCAGCCCACAUAGUAGCAUCAUCAAACAAUCGUUCCAGCAUGAAUCGCCGUCAUGGGUCAAAAUAACAGCAGGAACUCCUGAUCAUUGGAGUCCCUUACUACGCAAAUUCGAGAGAUCUGGGAAAACACCAGACUUACUUGUUUUUUCUGAAGACUCCAGACUAUUACUAUCACGUUCAGGUGGCUCCUAUGAAGUACGAGACAUGAUGAGCGGGCGGCGCAUACAGUCAUUCCCUUCUUAUUGGACCAACGAAAACGAUAUCACUGAGUUAAAUUCAGCAGCAACUUUCAUACAUGACUCGACGCAAAUAGUUGCUCUAUCUGAAUAUGGAACAAUGUUGUUCUGGACUGUAGAUGAUGGUAGGCUAAUCAAAGUGCUUAAACACCCCAGCACACGCGACGAACAUCCCCGUAUGUCCUACUACAGUUCGGUAGAAUGGUCUCGUAAAUCUCAAAAGCUGGCUUGGAUAUGGUCAGACAAUCUCGCUAUGUGGGAUACUAGCAUGGGGGCGUGGUGUGUUGUCCCUCGAUCAAUGCAACGCGUCGCGGACGGUUGGAGAACCAACAGUGACACCUGUAUUUGGUUAAUACCAGAUAUUGUAACUGUAUCCUUCUUCGGCGACCCAGAAGUGCUUCUAACUAUAUCAUACAAUGGUUCCAUUCAGAUAUGGAACAUAGAUGGGGGUGAAUGCCUCAAAAACAUUGAGUUGGGGUAUACAGUGCAUGAUGCCAAGUUCAGUAAAGAUGCAUCUCAGCUUUACACUAUUGAACAUCUCUCAGAUUUGCGGGAAGCCAUAACGAUAACAAUAUGGAACGUUCAGUGUGGCGUGAAGCUUCGCACAUUCGAUAACGCAGAAUGGUUUGUCGACCAUGGAGGUCUCUUUCCAAGCGGACAUGCAGCGGCAUGCAUAUCUGUCUCGCAUGACGAUGGAUUGGUGGCAGUGGUGAAAGCGUAUGAUACAAAUAGCCGCGGAGAUAUUGAGAUAUGGGACUAUGACCAAAUUCGAAGAGUUGGAUUCAAAGAUAAGCCAAAAGCAAGCCAUAACACUGGUCUAGUAGUGCUCCAUGCAUUGCGGAAAGUCGCGUCGGUAAGCGAUAAUUUCGAAUUGCUAGCCGCGCAACUGGACGACGGUAGUUUUUCCCCAAUAACUGUGGACUUCGACUUUACCCCACUAUUCGCGCCCUGGUUUGAAGCCAAAGAUAUUGCUUUGGUUGAUAACGAUGCGCUUCAGCGCUGGAACAUACAUACAGUAAAACGUUUUCUCUUGCUCCAAAAAGAAUCAGCGAAUAAGUGUGCACUCUCUUCUGAUAGCAUUGAGCUGCUAUCGUGGUCACAAGAUGGGUAUGAAACUUGGGAAAUCGAUUGGAAGAAGCUCCUUCACUUUCUGGACGAUAGUCCUUUCUUAUGGUUCUUUGAACCGGGUCCCUUGAGUUUCUCCCCUGAUUCCCGGCGGGUAGCUGUACUAACUUCUGGACACACGAUAAAGAUAUGCGAUACGAAGAGUGGCAAGUUCCUUCAAUCCCUCCUGGGUUUGAAUAGGGUUUUCCAGAUGACGUACCCUAAAAUACACGUAACAUCAAUGGUCUUCUCUUCUACAAAUAGGUGGCUUGCAGUAAUGACUUCUGGGGACAUUAUUCAAAUAUGGGAUACCAGCAACAGCAAUGAUUUCUUUGUGUUCUCAUGUAUAGAAGAUACAGUUCUAAUCUCACUCGAUGCAGAAGGGCGUUUUCUUCGAACAGAUUGUGGGGAAAUUGACAUCGAGGCUUCCUCAUCGCUUGCUUCUACUUACAAGAAUAGCUACGGUGUGUCGGUUGCAAAGUAUCGAGGCGUUCACUUAGAUGGCGAAGGAUUAUGGUUUGGCUCCGAGUUUAUCUUGUAUAUACCUCCUGAAUAUCGUCAUGUGAACGGUAGAGUACGGAUUUGCAGAGACACCGCAAUCAUCAUAGAUAAGGAUAAGAGAGUGUGGGUGUAUGAGUUUGAUCUGGAGCAUUUGCCCCUUGGGUAA